AAUUUAUUUAGUUUUUUUUAAAGACCAUGGACAUCAGUGUUUAUAGCCACGGAAAAAUCACAACUUCGAGGAAAUCACCGAUCGUAGAUUACAACCCGAAAUUUCAUUCUUUCCAAUUAAUGUCUUACCUUCAACUGGAAUAGAUCGUACACUCACCAGAUCGUUCUAUUUUAUCCGCUUUGAAAACCGUUUUGCAACCCAUCAAAUGGAUGUUAACACUGGCUCUAUUACGGGCACUCUUAGUUCAUGUAUUCAUGUACACACAAGCACAACAGGGUGACUCUAAAGAAUAGCGGCCCAAAUCGAAACGACCUUCGAACAGAAAAGCGACCUUGAGCCAGGAAUCAGCUGACUGUAUCAUUUGCGGAAGUAAUCAUGCAUGUUUUCAAUUACUGUUUGGAUAACGGACUGAUAGCUUUGUCAAAAAUUUGCCAAUGCGGAGGAGUUAUGCAUAUGCAAAAAUACACAGAGGCCAUUGAUGGCUUUGUAUACAGAUGUAUUGAGUGCCGAAAGAAGAAAUCGGUUCGAGAAGGUUUGUCGUUGUUUUUUAGUUUACAGAUACCUUAGGAACUUUUCUCUCAAGGUCUAAACUACCUUUGACGAAAAUUUUAAUGAUCUGUAACUUCUGGGUCCUGAAAAGAGCAGUCACAGCUACAGCUUAUGAAACAGAAAAUUCAGAGGUGUCAGCAGUGCAAUGGUACAACUACUGCAGAGAUGUUUCCUCCUGGAAAAUGAACACCCUGACUCAAGUUCUCGGAGGAGUUGGCAGCAUAGUCCAUAUUGAUGAGACUGUACUUAUAAAAAGGAAAUACAACCGCGGGAGAUUACAAGCAAACCAGCAGUGGAUACUAGGUAUCUACGACACGACACUGCGCAAAGUAUAUAUAGAAGCGAUUCCUAAUCGCAGUGCAGCAGUAUUAGUGCCUAUUAAUAAGCGUUUGGUGUUGCCGGGGACGACUAUUCAUACAGAUGAAUGGAGUGGAUACCGUCAAUUAUCGAAUCAUGGGUACAUUCAUCAUGUUGUUAUUCAUACGGACGGUUUCCGGAAUCCUUUGGAUGGAACCCACACCAGUUCCAUUGAAAGUUUUAGGAGUCGUCUAAAAAGACGUAUAAGAGAGGUUAAUGGAUCGAGAAAUCCCAUGAUUUACAGUUACUUGGAUGAAUUUAUGUGCCGAAACUGGUUUCAUACGACUUUGAAGACUCCCAUGAGAAACUGGGAGGUUUUUUUGCAACAUAUACGCAAACGCCAUUCUUUGUAACUGUUUAUUAUGAUUGCAUUACUUAUAUAUAAACCGUUUUUAACAAUUAUGCGUCUUUCUUUUUGAGUCUUCUCAUUGGCCGAAGUUGUCCCUGUCAAGGUCAUUUUUGCGUUAAAAGGUCGUUUCGGUUUGGGCCGCUAUUCUUUAGAGUCCCCCAUUUGUGAACAAUACGCAACAAGAUAAGCCGUGUAUA